AACAGUUCAGCAGCCUGGCUGAAUGACUGCUGUGCAGGGCAGGGAAGGGCCAGGCACACAGACCAGCAAACAGCAGCACACAACUGAAAGGAGAACUCAGAGGAUACAGUCAAGGAAGAAAAGUGGCGAUGGACCUCAUCCCAAAUUUGGCAGUGGAAACCUGGCUUCUCCUGGCUCUCAGCCUGGUGCUCCUCUAUCUGGUAUCUGGAAAUUUGACUCAGAAUGUCAUAAGAAGUAUGGAAAAAUGUGGGGAUCAUACGAUGGUCAACUCCCUGUGCUGGCCAUCACAGACCCCGACAUAAUCAAAGCAGUGCUAGUGAAAGAAUGUUAUUCCGUCUUCACAAACCGGAGGCCUUUUGGCCCAGUAGGACUCAUGAAAAGUGCCAUCUCUUUAGCUCAGGAUGAUGAAUGGAAGAGAAUACGAUCAUUGCUUUCUCCAACCUUCACCAGUGGAAAACUCAAGGAGAUGUUCCCUAUCAUUGCUCAGUAUGGAGAUGUGUUGGUGAGAAACCUGAGGCGGGAAGCAGGGAAAGGCAAGCCUGUCACCAUGAAAGACAUCUUUGGGGCCUACAGCAUGGAUGUGAUCACUGGCACAUCAUUUGGAGUGAACAUCGACUCUCUCAACAAUCCAAAAGACCCCUUUGUGGAAAGUGUGAAGAAGUUCCUAAAAUUUGAUUUCCUCGAUCCAUUAUUUCUCUCAACAAUAUUCUUUCCGUUCCUUACCCCAGUUUUUGAAGCAUUAAAUUUCUCUCUGUUUCCAAAAGAUGCUAUAAAUUUUUUAAAGCAAUCUGUAAACAGAAUGAAAAAAAGUCGCCUCAACGAUAAACAAAAGCACCGAGUAGAUUUCCUUCAGCUGAUGAUUGACUCCCAGAAUUCAAACGAAACUGCAUCCCACAAAGCUCUGUCUGAUCUGGAGCUCCUGGCCCAAUCAAUUAUCUUCAUUUUUGCUGGCUAUGAAACCACCAGCAGUGUUCUUUCCUUCACUAUAUAUGAACUGGCCACUAACCCUGAUGUCCAGCAGAAACUGCAGGAGGAAAUCGAUGUAGUUUUGCCCAAUAAGGCACCUGCCACCUAUGAUGCCGUGGUACAGAUGGAGUACCUUGACAUGGUGGUGAAUGAAACGCUCAGAUUAUACCCAAUUGCUGUUAGACUUGAGAGGGUCUGCAAGAAAGAUGUUGAAAUCAAUGGGGUGUUCAUUCCCAAAGGGGCGUUGGUGGUGAUUCCAACCUAUGCUCUUCAUCAUGACCCAAAGUACUGGACAGAGCCUAAGGAGUUCCGCCCUGAAAGGUUCAGUAAGAAGAACAAGGACAGCAUAGAUCCUUACAUAUACACACCCUUUGGAACUGGACCCAGAAACUGCAUUGGCAUGAGGUUUGCUCUCAUGAACAUGAAACUUGCUCUAAUCAGAGUCCUUCAGAACUUCUCCUUCAAACCUUGUAAAGAAACACAGAUUCCCUUGAAAUUAGGCGUGCAAGGACUUCUUCAAGCAGAAAAACCCAUUAUUCUAAAGGUUGAGUCAAGAGAUGGAACCCUAAGUGGAGAAUGAGUUAUUCAAAGGACUUCCGCUUUGUGUUUCAAGAAAGCUGUGCCCCAGAACACUAGAGAACUCAAUUUCCUUUGUCAAUAAAACCCUGAAAUAAAGACGGGCUUCAUCUAGUGUCCCGCAUGAACAAUUGGUGAUUUUUGCACAUUCAUUGAGCUCUCCCAGUGUCAGUGUAGAGUGCUGUGCAUUAUGUAAUAUAAAGGAGAUGACCAGGUAAGUGACAGGUAGACUCAGCUUCUCUGCUUCUCACAGGACUAUCUCUGCCCACCUCCAGUUAGCAUUGUCAACUCCUCCUGAGCUCUCAUCAGAGAAUAAAUAUUUCUCAACAAUUUGACCCACAAUUUUUUUUAAAAAUAAGAAUUAUUGAGAUGACUCUAAUAGUGACAUUUAUUUCAUGUUUUAUCUGUAAUAUUCCAUAAUGUUUUAUACUAAGCAAAGCAAUAAAAACCUCUCUCACAAAAGUAA